AUGAAUAUUUUAUAUAUCAUAAAAAAAGUCCAUUCUACAUUAUUUUCACUUCCAUUUAAGCGUGAUAUUCGUCUUCAUGUGGCUAUUGCAGGUGGUUGGGAAAAAUAUGCUGAGGACUAUUGCUUCAUAGCGAAUUCGUAUUAUGUACCAUUUGAGGAAGAAAUUCCAACUGAUAUUGACGAUAGAAGGGAUCACAUCAGCUAUUAUCGAUGGGUUCCUAUAAUGUUAGCGCUGCAGGCUGUCAUGUUUUUCAUCCCUAACUGGAUUUGGAAUAUGCUUCACAAACAAACAGCCAUCAAUCCAAGAGCAUUCUUGAUUGAAGCCGAAAAGAUCAAAUUUGCUGUUGGGGAGAAGAGAGAGCAGGAAAUUAAGUCACUUGCUAAUUAUUUCAUGGAUACUGUAGCAGUGUUCACAUAUCCAGGAAAUUACAAACUGAGUAAGCGCACGGCACCGCGAUCUGGAUACAAUGCAAUGUGGCUCUAUCUAUUCACCAAGGCCGCAUAUGUCGCGAACAUUUGCCUGCAGCUGGUCAUCCUCAAUCACUUUAUAGGAGAGAAUUUUAUGCGAUGGGGAUAUGAG